UCCACUUCCAGCCCAGGGCGUUCUGGGUCCCGCCCACUCGCAAGUCACGUGAGCUGCCAAAAUGGCGGCGCUGAGGGGUGAGGCUGGUGGAGACGUCAAAGAUGCCGGUGUGGUACCGUUAGGAACUGGGGAAGCGCCCAAGGACAUCAGAAUGGCAACAUAUACACGUGGUCAGCCUAGUCCUUCUCUAAGAGAUGCAAAACUCGGAAGACCAAUGGUCAUCGAAAUCAUAGAAAAAAAAUUUGAAUAUCUUCGAAAAGAAAAGACCUUAAAUAUAUAUGGAACACUGACCCUUGGCACAACAGCUGGUUUUUCUGGAAUACUGGCAAACUUCAUUUUCAGACAUUGCUUCAAGGUUAAACAUGAUGCUUUGAAAACAUAUGCAUCAUUGACUACACUUCCAUUUUUAUCUACCGUAGUUGCUUACAAGCUCCUUGUAACCGAUGCUUUGUAUUCAGGUAACAUAAGCAAGGAAAACUGUGUCCUUAGAAGUUCACUGAUUGGCGUAGUAUGUGGUAUUUUAUAUCCCUCUAGUUUGGCUUUUUCUAAAAAUGGACGCCUGGCAGUCAGAUAUCAUACAGUUCCACUGCCACCAAAAGGAAGGGUUUUACUCCAUUGGCUGCUGCUUUGUCAAACAGAGAUGAAAGCAAUGGUGAUUCCUCUAGUCUUUCAGACAAUGUUUGGAAUACUUAUUGGUUUACAGCAUUAUUCACUGUUUGAAAAAACACUUGUAAAAACUGUACAUGAAGAUUAAUCAAAGAAUGGGUACUGACACAGCAAAAUGGGGUUUUUUUAUGAUGAGUACUUGGAUAUUGUGGAAAAAAUUGAAAGUCACUCUGGACAGAGAACUUGUCUCUGUUUUGCCUGCUAUAUUGCAGAUACUUAAUAAAUAUUCAGUAAUUCAAUAAAUGUAAAACAAUGUGAAAUAAUAA